GUGUUAUUUGUACUCUAAUUUUAGUUUUCCUGUAAUAAAAUGAGAAAUUGGUGAUUUGUGUUUAAUUUCAAGUUUUAUGCUGAUUAUAUUAUUCUUAGACGCUACUGUUUUCAAGAAAAAGUAAAAACAAACAUGUCGAUUUGGAGAUUUUUGAAAGGUUCAAUUACAUCCUGUUGCCAAAUGUCUAUGUCUCGAAGUCUAAAAUCUGUGUCCCAUCCGAAAUUGUCAAAUCUACUUCCUCAAGCAAAGAUAUCAGAUGAGAAAGAACUAAAUUUACCAGAUCCUAUAAUGUACCCUGUUUUUGAAGUACAUAACCUUUUCACCAUCAAAGAUUUGUUUGAUGCUCGAGUCCAUUAUGGCCACACAAUGGGCACUCUGAACCCUCAUAUGAAGCAAUUCAUUGCAGGCCAUCGCUUAGGAACACUCAUAUUUGACCUGGAUCAGACAGCAGUGCUCCUAAGGCAAGCUCUUAAUUUCAUCUCUCACAUUGCCUUCCGAGGCGGCAUCAUUAUGUUUGUUGCUAGAUAUAAACAGAAUUCAUACAUAAUUAAUGAAACAGCAAUCGGUUGUGGAGAAUACAGCUACACAAAAGAAUGGCAUAAUGGUACCUUCACUGAUUCAAGGAGAUUUGGAAUGAUAACAAGGCUACCAGACCUUUUGAUUUUCUUGAACACAUUAGACAGUGUCUUUCAGAUCCAUGGGGCUGUGAUUGAAUCCAAUAAACUACUGAUUCCAACUGUUGGGAUUGUGGAUACUAAUUGCUUCCCAAACUAUAUCACAUAUCCUGUCCCUGGUAAUGAUGAUACACCUCAAUCUAUUGAACUCUACUGUAAACUUUUCAAAGAAGCAAUAUUACGUGGGAAAGCAAAAAGAACUGAAUAUAUUGCAAUGUAUAAAGAUGCAGAAAAGUAAAAUCCUCCCAUUGUGUCAUUUUGUACAUUUUUGUAGCAUAAAUAAAGUCAUUUUCAUGAAAUAUGUGAUUUUAGUGUUAGCUUGUUUUAAAUUGCUUUUUGAUCUUCUUUCUUGCAUAUUUUUAGUGAAUUCAAUUUUUGAAACUAAAUCAUGAUUUUUCAGUUCUCAUUUUCACCAAACUUUGCAAUAAAUUUCUAGUUUAAAAUUUGUUUUAAAUUGUCGGAAAUUGUUAAAAAUUUGUUGGUUCAAAGUGUGGAAAGUUUUGUGUUUGAUGAAUGGAAUUCAAUAUUUAUAGAAUUUUACAUUGCUAAAUAUUUUAAUUUCUUUUAAAAUAUUAUUUUUAAAAUAAAGUGUUGAUAUUUUGUAAAAUUACCUGUAUCAUAUAUGAGGCAUUGAAAAGCAAAGGAAUGUAAGUGGAUAUUUUCAAGUUUUGAAUAAAACGUGUUUAAAGAUAAUAGGUAGAAAUAGAAAGCCUAGGUAGGCUUUCAUUGCAAAACGCUUUUCUAAAUCAUGCUGUAUAAGAGAACUUAACAUGGCUACUAGCACUAUCUCUUGCCCCAAAGCAGAGGAGAGGUUCACCUACCCCAGUUGUACUGGUUAUCUUCAAUUUUUAAAUUUUGUCACUUACAUCCCUUUGCUUCUCACUGCUUCAUAUAAUACUUUUUUUUUCUUUCCUGAAGAUUAGUUUUAUGAAUUCAUGUGUAGAUAUUUAAGUUUUGUUCUUUUCUUGUAGCAUAGUUUAUAUAUUUUAUUUAUUAUACAGUGAAGCACCGUUUAUAGGUUUUUGAAUAGACUGUAUGAAAAAAAGCAUAUAAAUGAAAAAUGUACAAUAGGAAUGCGUUAAUGUGUAUAAGACUCUGCAGGGACCAAUUAAAUAAAUGUAUAAUUGUUAAAAAUGUAUGAAAGAGAAACAUAAACAGUGCUUCCCUUUUUUUGGCUACCAUUUUUAAGGAACUUCAUGUAUAUGUUGUGAGUUUGUGUGUAUUUGUUAGCAUAACAUUUAAGUUUUACAAAAAAUAAUAUGAAAAUUUCCAA